AUGGUCAAAAGACUGCUGUCAACUAGAGGUCAUCUCAGUUUUGACCAGCUCAGCGGUCGACUCCGUUACUUUGGCCCCACCACGAACUGUCAUGUGCACUCCGAAUAUGGAUCCAUCUCAGAAGAGACCCGGGAGUCUCUGGAACAGAGUCGAAGAGCGGAGAAAGCCAUAAGGUUCCUCUCAAUCGAGACGCACGACUAUCUACUCGACCUCUACUGGCAAAACUACAACUCAGUGCUGCAUGUACUGCAUCGUGCCUCGUUUCAAGAGGACAAAGAGAGUGGCAGAACGCAGUUCUACUCAGCCUUCCUGCAUGUUUGCGUCCUGGCGAUGGGAUACAGAUACGCCGACAAAAGCCGGCCAGACAUUCAAAGAAUUGCUCUACCUGCAAGAGAGAGUACCUUGCAUCGGGAAGCCAAAUAUAUGCUUGAGUAUGAGCUCGAGCGGCCCGGCGGAAUCCCACUGAUUUCAGCGCUUCUUAUAUUGGGGGACCUUGAAUGUGGGGUGGGUCGAGAUAACCUUGGCUGGCUGUAUGCAGGUAUGGCCGUCCGACUUGCUUUCGAUAUUGGCCUCCACCUGGAUACCCGCUCCUCCAACCUGCCAGAGCGGGAAGUAGAAGUUCGCCGUAUGACUUUAUGGGCGUGCGUUAUCUACGACAAGUAUUGGGCUCUCUUCCUUGGCCGACCAACAAGCAUGAAGAGCUCUGACCUUGAGAUUUACAAUUUGACAAACCAGUUCGAGCGACUCGGGACUUGCAACCCAUCUGGGCCCCAGAAAAGCCUCGAAACACAAAUCUAUGAGGCGCUGCUUGAUCUCAUGGAACUGGCUGGGAAAAUCACCGAAAACACUGAUAGCAACUACCAAACCAACGCAAGCGUCGACCGUAACGCCCAUCUUCGUAUCGCAGCGCUUGACCGCGAGUUGAACAACUGGUACGCCCGAUUACCGGAACCUCUCCGCUGGACGCAAGCAAACAUUGAGACCGCGCCGUUCUCUUUCUUCCUGCUGCACCAGCAGUACCAUUCAGCACUCAUACUAUUGCAUCGACCUCUUGCGACAUAUGAAGAGCCAAGUGGCUCAGACUCCGAGGACAAUGGUCCCGAGAAUCACUUCUCUGCCUUAUCUCGCGCAACUUGCACCAAGCAUGCAAUUCGGGUUGCCCGUAUCUUCUGGCAACACCGUCGGCGUUUUGAUACGAAAAUUAUCUUCUGCACUGGCAUGCAGCAUGCGGGAACUGCCGCCACAGCUCUCGUGGCUGCUUUGGCCUUCAUCAAGGACUCGAGUGACCGCAAUAACAACAUGCAGUACCUUGAGUGUCUUUCCGCAGCACUCCAAGAUAUGGCCCAUGCCUACCAGCCCGCUGAACGCAUGUCAGUUGUGCUCCAAGCUGUUAUGGCCGAACUACGCGAGGGUCCCAGUGAUUCAGGUCAACGAAAUAAUCGGCGGAUGAGCGCUGUGGUGCCAGCGCGCCGGAGCAGUGCAGCCGACGAACAGGAGCAAGCAUCCUUCAAGAGACGUCAUACCACUAAAUCCAGGCCGAUCAAGAAUGCCCGCUCUCACAGUAUGGGUACCAACAAUUUGAACCUCAACCUUAAGAAUCUGCACUCCAUGGGCCCUCUGCAGUUCCAAAGAAUAGUCGAGUCAGAGUCAAGCCAAGCUGAUGGCUUCGUGAUGAUAACGCCGCGUAGCGAAUUCGGCACAUGGCCUCCACUAGCUGGGGACUUCGUUACUGCAAUGGAUCAUCCGUUACCUACAUCAAGCACUGGCCUUGCCACCCCAGGUCUGACGCGCAACUCAUGGAUGGGCGCUGAUACGGAUGUUAGUGAGAACACACAUGAUAUCUCUCACCUUGCAAACAUCCAUUUUCCGGAGCUGAACGCGAUGAACGGAGACAACGACAACUCGCACCUUGACUACAUGACAUUUGCUGACAAUGAAUGGAGAGACUGGAAAAAUCCACCUGCUGCGAACGGCAUGCAGGCGACUGAUCUGGACGGGUUUCCAACCAACCAAGGAAGCUUCAAUGGUUUCCCAAAUUCGCCGAGGGGUUUUGUUGGCAUCAUGGAAGGGUGA